AUGGGGUCGCAACCCGUCGACUCUCAUCUCGUUCUUCCUUCAUGCGGUACUCUGUUUAAAUGGACGAAUUACAUUAAUGGCUGGAGAGAAAGAUAUUUUGAGAUAAAACAUGGCCAGCUCGUUUACUACGUCAGUAAAGCAGACCAAGGAUCUGGAUGCCGCGGGAGUAUAUGCUUGAGAAGUCUUGAAGUUACUUUACAUGAAUUCAACGAAUGCGAGUUCUCGGUUUCUGUUGGAGGUGAUGUUAUAUGGUAUUUGCGCGCAGAGAACCCUCAUGCACGAACUCUGUGGAUUAAUGCACUCACCAAAGGCUCUAGCGAUUCGGACUAUGGCAGCACUGCCACGAAAACUCAUUCAAGGAACACAUCUCUUUCUUCUAUGAAACUGGGAGAAACAAAUGAGGAUCAAAACGCAAUGAUAUCACGAAUAGCUGAAUUAGAGGCCUACCGCACAAUGUAUCGAGAACAAAUGGCGUCAAUUCGAAGAGAAUUACAGCAGAUAGGAGUGCCACAGACGAAAAUUCUUUCCAUUAAUGCAACACACAUUGCUAUGCUUGAUAACAUAAACCAUAUCAUACAACUGGCAAAGCAUGAAUGUACUGGUGCUAAACCGCAGAGCGAAUGGGUGCCGGACACUCCUAUGUCUCCUACCACACCAUCACCUGUGCCAGCAGUAGAUGAUGGAGAGACCGAGACGUCACGAGAAAAUACUUUACGCCUCGAUACAGCUCCUCAGUCCAUAAAUGAUGUUACAAGUGAUUGUGGCGAUGAAUGGCACGAUGCAGAUGAACAUUCAUCGCUAUCUUUGGACAGUGCAGAGGAGGCGACGGAAAGACGAACACCGUCUGUGGGCAACGAUGCGAGUGAGGCGGAAGUUCCAUCAAACCAAAUUGUGAAUCAGUCGAAGCCGAAAAGGACUUUGCUUUUUGGAGAUUACGAUAACAUCUUUAUCCCGAGCACACAUGAAUAUUUCGAACUAGUGGACCAACUAGCCAAGGAUCAGCUGAGGUAUGCACUUGCUGGAGUUGAAAACAAUGUCUGGACUCUUUUUGCUGAAGAUGGGGCCAUGAAAAUGUAUACUCGUGAGGAGACCGUUGAUGGAGGUUUGCCUGUGGAUCCACUCAAGGCAGUUCAUCAAGUGCAGGGUGUCACAGCUCUCGAAUAUAUGCAUUACUUCUAUGAUGAUAAGUACAAAAUGGAUUGGGAUCACACUUUAAAUGGAAUGAGCGUUGUGGAAAGAAUAAGUCCUGAUACUAUGGUUCUACACCAGAAGCAUAAGACGGUUUGGCCUGCUGCACCACGUGAAUCAUUAUUCAUUUCGCACAUACGUCGUGUUGACGACUUGAAAAGAGAAGGCGCUCACGAUUUGUAUAUCGUAUGCAAUAAGGAUAUAUCGCGAGCGGAUGUCCCAGUUACAUCGUCUUCCGGUGUUCGAGUCGGUCUUACUGUAUCUAUGAUUUGUGAAACAGUGAUCACAAAUGGUAAACCAACCGGCAAACUUUCUCGGGAUGAUAUCCUCUGCAACGUAAUAUACGUCUCACAAGUUCAUCCCGGCGGAUGGGUUCCAACUGCAGCAUUACGACACGUGUAUAAAAAAGAGUAUCCAAAAUUUUUGCGAACAUUUACGGAUUACGUUGUUAAAAAUGUUAAAGACAAGCCAAUUUGUAUUUAG